UCAUGUAGAUUAGGUGGUCUGCUCACUGUGUCCUCAAAUCUCUCUGUUUGGAGAGUAGACAAACACUGGCAGAGCGAUGUCAGAGACAGUCUGGUGUCGGUUUAACCCUGUAAUCACCGUGAACGGGGCGUGUGGUGACGGGAAAUAACAGCACGGUGAACCUGCAGCUGUGUUGAUCUGAACUCAUGAUCGGUUCGGUUCUGAACAACAGCGAUUCUGAGGCCAGCGAGACUCCGUCACUGAAGAAGCUGUCAUGGUGGACCUGUUCCUGGGGAAGGUUCUGGUGAAGAACAAUAAAGACAGAGACGAGCUGGACACGGAGCGUGAGAUCGUCCUGCGGCUCCAGAACCGCAUCCUCAUGCUGUUCUUCGGCUCCGGCGAGUGCGAGAAGUGCCAGGAGUUCGCGCCGACGCUCAAAGACUUCUACAAGAAGCUCACGGACGAGUUCUACGUGGAGCGAUCGGCUCAGCUGGUCCUGCUGUACGUCUCGCUGGACUCCUCCGAGGACCAGCAGGAGAAGUUCCUGAAGGAGCUGCCCAAACGCUGCCUGUUCCUGGCCUACGAGGACCCCUACAGACAGGAGCUGAGCGAGAUGUUCGAGGUGCAGGAUCUGCCCAGGGUGGUGGUUUUGCGUCCGGACUGCUCCGUUCUCACACCCAACGCCGCGGAGGAAAUCUGUAAGCUGGGGCAGGACUGCUACCGCAACUGGCAGGAAGGGGCGGAGCUUAUCGACAGGAACUUCAUGAUGAACGAGGAGUUCGACGAGGGCAAAAUGCGCAGCAUGACCGACCCCAUCCGACGAGUCAAAUACAAGGUGGAGGAGCAGAAGAAGAAGAAAAAGAAGAAGAAAAAGAAGAAGGACGGGGUGAGUGUGGAGGAAGAGGAGGAGGACGAGGAUGGAGAUGAAGAUGGAAAUGAUGGAGGAGGAGGUUGGGGCUGAGGUUAGGACUUCUGACGCUCUAAUAACUAUUAGUGAAAUGGACAGAAGCCCCGAGUAAGUGUUGAGUAAACGUCGCUGAUCAGGUGAAAUAGCAGCGCUGAAAAAAGAAAGAUGGAUGUCCUGCAGCAGUAGUUCUCAAACCUUUCUCCAAGGACCAUCAAUGUCCACAAUAGGGCUGCACG